CUGCAUAUGUUGCCUUAUCCACUUCCCAUUUAACAACGUAGGUAUAUACUCCACUUUAUACUCUUUAGAAAAUUCAUCUUCAAUUUCCUGGCAAAUUUGGAGCCACAAAAGGAAUUAUUUUCUUAUUUAUUUUUCCUCAACAAAAUUGCAACGACAGCCAAAAAGAAAACAAAAAUAAAAAAAGAGGCACCAAAAAUAACAGAAAAAAAUAAUGAUAAUGUGUUCCUCUACCACCAGACCUUCCUUCACACUCUUCACCAUCUCCGCCCCUUGUCCGCCGCCGCCGCCGCCGCCGCUGCUGCUCUUCAAACCCCCCACCGCAUUCCCCACGCUCCUCCACCGCGCCAAAACCCUCACCUCCAUAAAAUCCAUCGACGUCUCCAAAGAAGAUAAGCAAGACCAAGACCAAGACCUGCCGGCUCCGCCGGAGGAUGAGGAGCCGGAGACGAAUCUCGGCGCGCGGCGAUUGGAGGAGAAGUUCGCCGUCGUGAACACUGGAAUCUACGAAUGCAGAUCCUGCGGGUAUAAAUACAACGAGGCCGCCGGAGACCCGUCGUACCCGGUUCCGCCGGGGCUGCCCUUCGACAAGCUUCCCGACGAUUGGAGGUGCCCCACCUGCGGCGCGUCGCAGAGCUUCUUCGAGAGUAAGAGAAUGGAGAUUGCGGGCUUCGAGCAGAAUCAGCAGUUCGGAUUGGGCGGCAACGCGCUGACGUCUGGUCAGAAACUUCUGCUCAUCUAUGGUGGUUUGCUUCUAGGGUUUGCUCUUUUCUUGUCUGGAUAUUUUCUGCAAUGAUCCAUUGCUGUUUUUGGUAUAUGAUUGUUUGUUUUCUCUGAAAGUUUAAUAUGUAUAUCGAAUUAAAUUUUAAAGUUAUGAGUAAUGUAUAUCAAAUUAUCAAUUGGAAAA